CUUCCAAACACCAAAGCAAUGAACAAUGCUGAAUCUCCAAGCUAAGUUAAAAAAAAAGGUUCCUCUUUUAACAAACUUCCCCACACCAACUUCCUCACUCAAUAAUCUCAACUUGCUUGUCUUCUCUUCCAUCUUGGUAAAAAAAAGAAAAGAAAUGCAUUGGAAAAAGAAGAUGAAGUAUAUACUCAAAACCAUAUUCAACCCCAUCUUCAUGGCCUGCCGUAGUGGUUGCGGCUCUACCGUCCGGCCUUCCUCUCACAGCCAUUACACCCCGGGGCUUCCGGUUUCUCCUACGGUUUUACGCAGUCCAUGUCCUAAGAUCGACGAGAGCGUCGCGAUGGCUAAGGAGUCAAACAACCCCUUCGAAGAUUACAAGAAGUCGAUGAAUCAGAUGAUCGAAGAGAGAUAUAUCGAGACGGAAGACGAUCUUAAGGAGCUUCUAAGGUGUUUCCUGGACAUAAACCCUUCUCCUCAACACAAUCUCAUCGUCCGGGCUUUUGUAGAUGUCUGUUCACAUCUCCGGCCACCACACGACCGCCGUGGGAAGUCGCUUGGGAAAUUGCUUCGCUUAUACGUUAAUAAUCCUCUUGAUAAGAAUAAUGAUGAUGAUGAAGACGACUUACACCCAACCUCCUCAUGUGACAUGAGAAUGAAGAACUGAUCCUUCCUCAUGCAUCUCUUUCUAUACAUGUUACAAUAUUGUGAAUAAUUCGACUUUAUGAUUCAGUGCACUAUGCAAGGUUAUAUGUGAACCCUUACACAACAACAAAAAAAAUUCAAAAAGGUGUACACUACAAUAUCAAUUCAGGAUAAGUGAAAUAUGGUUUAAACAAAAUUAUUUUUCAA